UCGAAUCUUGUAGGGGCCGCAGUGAAUCGGACGGUCUAGAUUAGGAUUAACGUGAAAUCGUUGUCUCGUCGACGGGAGCCCCGGCCGCUCGACACCAAAAGGGAGCCAGCGGGAAAGAAAACCAGAUCCGACGGCGUCCCAGAUAUUUACUGUCUCCUCUCCGGAGAAAUCUCUCCAGGAGCAUUCACGGGAGAAGAAAGGGAAGCAAGAAUGGCGGAAGAAGGAAAGCCAGAUGCCCAGCUAUUCCAGCUCCUAUCCACGCUCCUUCAACAGGUGGAAUCAUUGAGCAACCAAGAAGAAGCAGAACUGCGUGCCAAGAUAGAAGCACUGGGUCUAGAAGUCACCAAGGUGCCACAAAAACCAUCCAAGCAUCUUGAUGAGAUGGAAAUAGCUGCAGAGUUAGACAAGCUCUCCACUAAGCUGGAUGAUGUUGACAAAAUGAUAUCCUCAGCCAUGGCUGCUGACCCACAGGUAAGGUCUCUCUUGAGCAGCACGGCAGAUGUCUGGAUGCCAGUUAUAACUGCAAAUGCCGAUGAAAGGCGCAGUUUUGCUGGAACCAAUGAUGAAAGCAGUCCAGAGCAACAGGAUUUGCCUAGCCAUUGAAUCUGUGUUGUGCAGCAUCUAAGGGUUCCUUCCUUUUAUCUGGAUAGUUUACUGCACUGAAGCCUGGGCAAUACAUCUUUACAUAUGCAUCUAAAAUCUUAAUGGAGUUAAUUAUUGAUUAAUUCUGAGGUUCAUUUGCCAUGGGAUCAAUUGUAUUGGGCUGAGUGUUGAUGUUUUCUCCAUGUUGCUUAUUUUUAGUUUGCUACUCCAUAGUUUCAAGAAAUCCUAUGUGAUAUAAAAUUCAGCUAGUUCACCUGU